CGAUCUACCUUUUAAAUGCUCAAGUACACGAUAUCAGUUCCUGAAAAAUUAUAGCAAAAGAAAGUUUUUAUUGUAUUUGCUAACAUCAGUAGAUUAUAAUGCGUUUCAAUUUUCAUAAAAUUUAGUUUCUAAGAUUUACCCUUGAUUGCUUGAGUCAAAGAUAGCAAUGAUAGAAUAACAUUUCUAAGUACUCGAGUAUUGUAGUUUUGUUUUCAGUUUUCAUUUCGUCUCGAGAAUAAUAUGGCAGCUCCCAUCCAAAAGCUUGCGUUACUAUGCAAGAGAUUAUUCGCCGGACAGUCUCGAGAGAAAUUAACAUCGGAAUAUCUAUCGCCACUCAUCUGUGAAGUCAACAAAAUAAAAGCUACCGACCUACGGUUUGAUGUUAGUGAAAUCGAGGAGAGAGAAGCAAAUUUAAAAGAGUAUCAACGAGCACCAGUAACAUACAUGCCACUCCUCGAUGAGAGUUCACAUACAAUGUCUGUCUUCAUUUUGAAACAGGGAAGCUCGUUGCCCCUACAUGAUCACCCUCAGAUGUAUGGGAUGCUGAAAGUGAUUUGUGGGAAAAUCAAGGUAACAUCAUAUAGUGUUAUUGAGUCAGAGCCAAUGCCCGAAAAUGUAGAAAAUAUUCUGACCUAUUCUAGAUCUAGGAGGACCAGGUCUAAUGACAUGGUGAAAACUGUAAUCAAGAAUGAGGAUGUCAUCGUCUCCAGUGAGGAUGGUUGUUGCGUUCUUUCCCCAUCAGAAGGCAAUAUACAUGAAAUACAUCCCCUGACAAACAUUGCAGCUUUCUUGGAUGUUCUGGCCCCUCCGUAUGCCGAUGAUGACAGUUGUCAUUACUAUCAUGAAGUAGCGAGUGAUAAAGCAGACCAGACUAAAAGAUGGCUUGUUGAAGUUGCUCAGCCAAGAAGCUACUGGUGUGAUACAAUUAGAUAUAAAGGGCCGCAGAUAGAUAUUUCCCAAGAUUAAUCAUGAACAAUUUGUGGUAUAAUGUUAAUUCUACUAGUGAUUGUGAUUCAUUGACUUAAAUUUUACAGAUCUAGAGAUAGUUCGUUGACCAAAAGUCGACAAAAGUAUUUUGGAAUUAUGAAGAGAGUAUCCAUUAGGACUUUUUAAUAAUAUGAAUUUGGGAAUCAAACUCGCAUCUUUUGAGGGUACAAAAGCAAAGGUUUUUAUCCUUCACAUCGUAUAGAAUCCAAUUCUCUACCUCUUGCUUUGCAUAAACUUGUUCAGAUACUUAAGUAUGAAAAUUUAUUUGAAAAGUCUUUCAGUGCCAUUCAUUUUUUAAACGAACUGUUGCUCGUACCCACCGGGUAACCUCAUUGUAUGACAGAAUGAUUGAGUGCCCAUUGUUUGGGACCUAUAGACCAUGAUUAUAAUUAAAGGUCAUUUUGCAUGGUGAUGAGUUAGUGUGGCUGAAUUUCUAAAUAUCCGUUUUCCCUUUCAGAUCUUGUUUGAAUUAUAUUAUGGUUGGAGUUACGAUGAUGAUAAUGACACAAACUUGAAACUGCAACUUCUUUUCAUACUUUUAAUAUAAAAAGUUUUAAGAAAGGCAAGCUCACAACAAUAUAUGUAAAUUCCAUACUUGCUUGCAUAAAUUUUAUUACAGUGUUUGACCAAAAAAAAUUGCCGUUUGGUCUCAAAUGUAAUAUGCAUCACAAGAAUAUAGUGUAAAGCGCAUAGAGCCUGCUGCUGAGCAGGGAUAUGCGCUCUAUACAAAUGCUAUCUAUUAUUAUUAUUAUUAAGAAUUUGGUGUGUGUGUAUAGGGGGGGGGGGUCGGGUGGGUCCCCCCACCCCCUCUUAUUUAUUUGCUUGAUCUAUUAACUCACUUGAGCCUAUUCCCGUGUAUUUACUGGGUGAGUCGCCAGCCCUGUGGCUGAAGAAUCCCAUGUAUAAAGGGGUGCGCUAUUAUCAGUCAAUAUAUCUCCUGUGUUUUUCGGUACACUUGAGCUAUGGGAAGUGGUGAGGCAACAAUUGAUUCACUUGUAUCAUUUCGUUAAACAUUUGAUCUACUUAUGUGCAAAUACUUUUUUUGCUGUAACGGACUAAUUCAGUCAUCCCCAUGUUGCGAUCAUUGAUUUUAUUACAAAUUUGGCGAAAAAAAACAAAAAAA